UUUGAUAAAGAUACCUGCUCUUAGGAAGAAUUAUCACUUCCAAAUCCAUAGAGAGACAAUAUCACUAGCUCUGAAUUAGAAUUACUUUUUUCCAGAAUGGAGAAGGUGGUGAUGAAGAUACUGCUUAUGUUUGCUCUUGGAAUGAACUACUGGUCUUGCUCAGGUUUCCCAGUGUAUGACUAUGAUCCAUCCUCCUUGAGGGAAGCCCUCAGUGCCUCUGUGGAAAAAGUGAAUUCCCAGUCACUGAGUCCAUAUCUGUUUCGGGCAUUCAGAAGCUCAUUAAAAAGAGUUGAGGUCCUGGAUGAGAACAACUUGGUCAUGAAUUUGGAGUUCAGCAUUCGAGAAACUGCAUGCAGGAAGGAUUCUGGAGAAGACCCCUCUACAUGUGCUUUCCAAAGGGACUAUUAUGCACCAACAGCUGUUUGCAGAAGUACUGUGACCAUAUCUGCUGAGCAGGUGCAGGACGCGCGGGUUCGCUGCAGCUGGUCCUCCAUGUCCGAGUCUCACAGCAGCGAAGAGAUGAUUUUUGGGGACAUGUUGGGAUCUCAUAGAUGGGGAAACAAUUAUCUAUUUGGUGUCAUUCCUGACGAGUCUGUAAGUGACCAAUUUUAUGACCGAUCACUUGAGAUCAUGAGGAGGGUUUUUCCUCCUGGAAAUAGAAGAUACCCAAAUCAUCGGCACAGAGCAAGAAUAAAUACUGGCUUUGAGUAACAGCCUUGUGGU